AUGAUGAGCUCAGAAGAAGAUGUGGUUAGUUUCAUCACGGUGCUUGGCCUUGCCGUUUUCAUUGGUCUCUGCAUCUUGCUUAUUGUUCUUAUUGCAACUUCAGCAAUCAUCCUUGUAAUCUACGUCAUCAUCGACUGUAUUCUUAGACCAUUCUUAGGAACAUGUCUCGACCUAGAUCUCGAGAUCGGAGUCCAAAGAGGCCAACGACGUGCUAGAAUCGUUACGUACCAUGCAAUCAUCCCGACCGAUCUACACUUACCAUAUUCGGAGAGAGAAGAAAAAAGAAAACGAGGGUUGAAACAAAGCGAGAUUGAAACCUUACUCCCGAAAUUGCGUUUUGGACAAUGCAACAACCACGAGGACGAAGAGAGGUCGAGAGAAUGUGCCAUUUGUCUCAGUGGUUAUGUUGUUAAUGAAGAAUGCAGAGUGUUUCCGGUAUGCAGACAUAUGUAUCAUGCGGUUUGUAUUGAUGCUUGGAUUAAGAAUCAUCUCACAUGUCCUACUUGCCGUCAUGAUUUGCCAGAUUCAUGA